AUGGCACCACCAUCGUAUUCGAAGACCUACAAGGUCCCCAGGAGACCCUUCGAGUCUGCUCGUCUGGACUCCGAAUUGAAGCUCGUCGGCGAGUAUGGUCUCCGCAACAAGCGUGAGGUCUGGCGUGUCCAGCUCACCCUCUCCAAGAUCCGUCGUGCUGCCCGUCAAUUGCUCACUCUCGAUGAGAAGGACCCCAAGCGACUUUUCGAGGGAAAUGCGCUCAUUCGCCGUCUCGUCCGUGUCGGUGUGCUCGAUGAGUCCCGCAUGAAGCUCGAUUACGUGCUGGCACUUAAGACCGAGGAUUUCUUGGAGCGUCGUCUUCAAACCUGUGUCUACAAGCUUGGCCUCGCCAAGUCCAUCCAUCACGCUCGUGUCCUCAUCCGCCAAAGACACAUCCGUGUCGGAAAGCAGAUGGUCAACGUCCCAUCAUUCGUCGUCCGUCUUGAUUCCCAGAAGCACAUCGACUUCGCCCUUACCUCGCCAUUCGGUGGUGGACGUCCUGGUCGUGUCCGGAGAAAGAAGGCCAAGGCCGCGGAGAAGAAGGAUGAUGGAGAUGAUGAGGAGGACGAGGAGUAA